AUGGCGUCCACUGGAGAGGGACGCGAGGUCAAGCAGGGGUAUGAUGGAUCAGCUUACCGUCGAGUGAUGAAGGUAAAUUUUCUGAGGCGACAGCGGAGAUGGCCGUGGGCAACAAGGGGACGUUUGGGCGCGAAUGAGCUCCUAUCUGCGACACCGACCUACCGAAAUCAGAAGCAGACACGUCAAGGAAAUUGGCCUGAUGAAUUAGGUCGAUGGAAGAAGAUGUCAAGGCCAAGCUGCAAAACUCGAGGCUGUGUCGGAGGGGGAGGGCAGAAAACAAAACGUUACGACCCGAAUUUAGAAAACCGCAGCGAAGUGGUACCAGUUCACCGGUCUAAGAAGAACGAUAGGUAUCACUCCGACUUAUUUCGGGUUCGUUUAGUUCAGGAACAACAAAACACCAGUUGUAACCAGCCAUAG